UCAGAUGCAGAAACUUUCCAUUAUUACAGCCAAUGAGAGAAUUUCGUAUUUGACGAACAUCGACCUGGACCAAUCAGCAGCGAGGGGCUGGACUGAACAAACUCAAUUGACCGCGACGCACUCCAACCAAAGUAUACACACCGAGAGAUGAGUUUCUACGGGCAGGGUUAUCCAGGAGCAGGAGGCCGCAUUCCACAAAACCCAUCUCCAGGUAAUCCUUAUGGGGGUGGUGCACCAGCAGGAGGACCAUAUGGUGGUCACGCCUCACCUGGCGGUACACCAUACGGCGGAGUACCAGGAGGGCAGUAUGGAGGACAGUAUGGAUCUUAUGGAACUCCUGGUCCUGGCGGUCAGUUUGCACCAGGUGGUAGAGGUCCUGGUGGCCCUAGCGCACCUUAUGGAGGGGGUCAGGCUCCCGGAGGCCCCUAUGGAGGAUAUGGACAGCCUCAAGGAGGACCGUACGGUCAGCAUAUGCCUGGAGGUAACACUCCACCAGGAGUUAACCCAGAAGCCCAUCAGUGGUUUCAGUCUGUUGAUGCCGAUCGCAGUGGCUACAUCAGUCUGAACGAGCUGAAGCAAGCGCUUCUCAACUCCAACAACUCAGCCUUUAAUGAUGAGACCUGCCUGAUGAUGCUCAAUAUGUUCGAUAAGACCAAAACUGGCCGCAUAGACGUUUAUGGCUUCUCAGCUCUCUGGAUGUUUUUGCAGCAGUGGAGGGCAAUAUUCCACCAAUUUGACCGUGACCGUUCAGGUUCCAUCAACACCAGUGAGCUGCAUCAAGCACUCUCUCAGCUGGGUUAUAACCUGAGCCCACAGUUCAUUCAAGGCCUGGUGACCAGCCACGGCGGAAGUGGUAUGAGUAACACCCUCCAGCUCGACUCUUUCAUCCAGGUGUGCACUAAACUGCAAAGCAUUACCCAAGCUUUCCGGGAGAAGGACACCAGCAUGAGCGGCAACAUCCGCGUAAGCUAUGAGGACUUCCUGUCCAGCACCAUCACACGACUCAUGUAAAGAUUUGCAGUUCCAGUGGCAGAAUGAUUUCAUGAGUGGAAGACGUCGUCUGCCUGUUGAUGCCAAGGACCAAGCUGCAACCGCAGUGCAUCUCACUCACGCCAAAUGACCUGUACAGCUGCGCCUGUUCCUCUGGCCUUUCUCUGGACAUAUCAAAAGGCUGUUUAUAUACCUGUCUGUAAAACCUGUGGAAACAUGCUAACAAGAAGCAUUCCAGUGGAACUUGAAAAGUGGCUUGAAUUUAUUAUUAAGAGGCUUAGUUAUGGAGUUGCAAUAUGAAGCUGUGUUGCAAUAUUAUGUUCAUGGGGCCUUUUAUAAAUAUUAUUUGAUAUUUUAACUGCUCUUACUAAAUAUUUUGCUUAUAGUAAAGCACUUCUAGUACUAAAGUACACAGAAGAGUUUCUUGGGUGGGCAUGAAUUCAAAACUCGAUGUGUAUUGUGUAUGUUCAGUAACAAAGUGCCACAAAUACCUAUAGCCACUUUUUUUUUUUCUGGUUAUGCACAACUAAGCUUUUGUACUACACAUUUAUGUUAAAAUUAUAAUAAAAGUGUUCAGCUGUAAUCUAAAGUGCCAAAAAUAAAAAGAUGAAUGCUGGUGAAAAAGAAAAA